CUGUUGCCAACAUCUCAACUCUUCAAUUGGCCUACACGCGUGUUUUGGUCUUUCAAAUUGAAAAUUUAUUAAUUUUACUUAACUAUAAAAUUAAUUUUUAGCUUUUGAAAGAAUGAAUCAAACGUAGUUCUAAUUUAUACUUCUUCUAAUAAUUGAUUAUUUUCUUAACUCAAUGAAAAUGAGUUCGAGUUAUCAGCAUACAUCUCAUAAUUUUGAUGAAUUAAUUCCCCAAGAGCAACGAAGGUUGGUCAAACUUUUUAAACAACUGGACACAAAUAGUGAUGGAAAAAUUGAUGCUGAAGAUUUGGCAAAAGCGUUUAAAAGUAUGGGAAUUCCAUACCACCCUGAUGGGGCGAUUCAGACACGCGUGGAGAAAAAAGGCUCACUCAGCUUUGAUGACUUCUUUCAUUUCAUUCAGGAAUCUGAACAUCACCUCAUGGCUUUGUUCAAAUACAUGGAUGAAAAUAGGGACGUUCUUAGAUUUAGGAGAAAACGUUCUUGUCCCAGAAGACUUUACAGAAACCGAAAUGCAUACAGGAAUGUGGUGGCGUCAUUUAGUGGCAGGUGGCUUAGCAGGGGCAGUUUCAAGAACCUGUACUGCUCCAUUAGAUAGAAUCAAAGUAUUUUUACAGGUUAAAGGUACAGAAUAUAGCUCAAUCUCACAAUGUUUGAGGCAUAUGUUAAAAGAAGGAGGAACUAAAUCCCUUUGGAGAGGGAAUGGAAUAAAUGUGUUAAAAAUUGCUCCUGAAAGUGCAUUAAAGUUCAUGGCUUAUGAGCAGGCAAAGCGAUUAAUUAGAGGUGAUUCAGAACGUGAACUAGGAAUUUAUGGAAGGUUUGCUGCAGGUUCAUUAGCUGGAGGUAUUUCUCAGACUGUGAUCUAUCCAUUAGAGGUUUUGAAAACCAGGCUGGCACUUCGAAAGACUGGGCAGUAUCAAAGCAUUUGGGAUGCUACCUGCAAAAUUUACAAAACAGAAGGCCUUAAGAGUUUCUACAGAGGCUAUGUUCCAAAUUUGAUAGGCAUUAUCCCAUAUGCUGGAAUUGACUUAGCUAUAUAUGAGACUUUAAAAAAGACAUAUAUACAUAGUCAUCCAGAAGAAACAGAUCCUGGUAUUCUAGUACUUCUUGGUUGUGGAACUGCCAGUAGUUCUUGUGGCCAAAUUGCAAGUUACCCUUUAGCUUUAGUUAGAACACGUCUUCAAGCACAAGCUGUAACAAAUGAAUCUAGGACUGAAUCUAGUAUGGUAGGACUUUUCAAAACUAUCAUUAAGCGAGAAGGCUUUUCUGGACUCUACAGGGGCAUCACGCCGAAUUUCAUGAAAGUUGCACCAGCCGUCAGCAUCAGCUAUGUCGUGUACGAAUAUUCUCGGCGAGCCCUCGGGGUAUCGAUGGCAUAAAAAGAACAUAGAAUGAGAAACUGCCUAAUAUAUCUCAACUUUGUUAUUGAAUAUGCAGCUGCAGCUAAUAUCAUUAUUUAAAAUUCAGUGCAAUAAGAUAUGCCAAAAAUGUUUAAAAAUAUUUUUUUAACUGCUUAAAACUAGACACGUACAAACUUGUUUGUGCAAUUUAAAGUAUAUCUAUUGUUGAUUUUAAUUUAUUUUUUUACCAAGGCUAAGAAAUAUAUAAAUUAUAAUGAAAUGUUUUGUUGUGUGUGUAAUGCAAAAUGUUUAUAUUUUAUUUUAGAGUUUUAUUCUUAAAAUAAAAUAAUUUAAGGAAUUUUAUUUUACCUUGAGUUCUGUUAACUGUAACUGCUGCUGUAUAGAUAGAUAAUUACAAAAAAAAAUGAGAUAGUAUUUUUGUAAGUUUCUCUGUAUAUUUAUUAGCAACUGUGAUAUGGCAGCAAAUAUUAAUUAAUAGUUUUUUUUCACUAUUUUUCUUUUGUUUAAAGAAAAUUAGCAUUUAAUAGUAAUAAAUAUCUCAUUCUCAUUUGCUAAAAUGAUGUUAAUGAUGAUUUUUAAAUAUUUUAUUCUUAUUUGAAAUAUAAAAAGUUGUUUUUAGCAUUUUAAUUAACUAAAAUGGAAUUGACUGAGUAUUUUCUUAAUAAAAUAAUUUUCUUGUUUAAUGUGUAUUUCCUGAAUGAGUAAAAAAAAAAAAUUUCUUUUUAAUUUCUGUUUAUUGAAGAAUUACUUAUAUUUAGAUCAAAAAUUAAAUUAUUAGUUGUAAUUAAAUUUUAAUAAUUAUGUAUUCAUGUUUGUUAUGAUAAUAUACUAAUUAUAAUUGAUUUUACUUAACGUACUUAUGUAAACAUAAUUCUUUGAUUGUUGAAUUAAUUUUAUUAAGGUGAAAUCUCUUUUUUAAAUUAUUGCUAAUAUUGAUUUUAAUUAACUUAUUUGGGUACAUUUUGUGUCACUUUAACAUUAAUCUUGGUAACAAAAACUAAUGUUUUAAAUUUAAAACAAAGUUUUGUUUAUAAAUUGCUGCUGAAAUUUAUAUUGUUUAUACUUCUUUGAUAUUAUUGGUUAAUAAUCAAAAUUAUUUGCUGCCCUUUUAUGUAUCAUAAAUUUUUAACUUUCACGCAAAACAUGUAAAUUUAUUUAUUUAUUGUUUGUGAAUUUAUGUUUGUGGAUUGUUUUUAUGUUUGUUAAAAAAAUUACUGUCAAAGAGUUUAUUGUAAAUUUUACCAUUAAGAAAAACCUGUAAUAAAUUGAUUUCUUUUUAGAGAUAAUAUUAAUGUACAUGUCAAAAUAAUAUAAAACUCCUGUCAGUAACUUUUACGCAGUAAGUUCUUGAAUAAUCUAUGCAACUUAAACCCAUUUUAUAACUCUUUAAGUAGAUUAGUUUAACUUACAUUAGUGAAAAUUACUGUAAAUAUUAACAUAUUAUUUUUUCUCUAUUGUUAUAAUGUACAUGAACAUAAUUUUAUUCUCGUUUUGAAUGUUACCCUUUAAGAAAAAACCAUUCCAAUUAUAUAUUUAUUUUCUUACAACAUGAAUUUUGACGGAGAGAAGUUUUUUUUUUGUUUUGUUUUGUUUCUUGUCAGUGCCUCAUUAACUCUUUCAUCUCUGUUUAGAUGUCUGAAAGAUAUUGUUUUUCACUAGCCUGCUUCUAAUAACAUCUUCUUUAAAUGCAUUCUUGUAGAAAUAAAAAAAAAUGUCUUCAUACAGUUCUAUGUAUGCCUGGUGGUACGAUUAAUAUAGGGAGUAUAGAUUUCACCAUCUGGUGCUAGAUGUAUAUAUUCAGCUUUUUCUUAUCUUUGAAAUAAAUUCCAUCUACACAUCUUUUUUCUAA